AUGACACUAUCAAUCAGGAACCUACUUCUCACUUUGGUAUUACUUUUCAAGCAGUUGGAAAUAGUUGAAACAUCUUCAAACAGUUUGUCCAGCCAACCAAGGAAAUACGAAUACAAUUCAAAAUGGUGUAAAGGACCAAUCGAUGGAGACUGUAAUCCAUACAACUGUGGAGGUGGUUGCGAGUCGAAGUACAUCAGAUUCUACGAUCAGGCUUUCAAAAUGGACCGAACUAUUAAAAGUUGCUUCUGCCAACAAGAACGACUAUGCUCUAUUCUGGGAAUGCAUGCAUUUAGCGGAUGUAAAUCAUACUACCAGUUGAGCUCUGUUGCUCAGAAGUUUGUCAGAUACUGGAGCAUGGAUCGUCGUGACCACAAGAAUCGUCAUUCCAAUAGUGUUCGUCAUCGGUAUUCUGACAAAGCCCGUCACUUCCAACUGCUCAAUGGAAACUCUCGUUUUUGCUGCCGUGCAACUGCUCAGAAAAGACUGGCUCUACACUUGAAAUCCACCAGUUCCUCCAUCGUUAAAUUCAGCUUUGUCUCCACAUUUAUCGCAUUUUUAUAUUAUCUAACUCAUUGA